UUGUGGGCAUUAUUUUCCUUGAUCAAGCUUGUAGAAGACUUGUCCCAAUAUAACAUGAGGGAAAACAUGAAAUCAAGAAGACCAGGGAGUGUUCACACAAAGAAGACGACUCUCCGGGAACUCAAGGGAUGAUAGAGCAGUUCUGCUUUCAACUAGGAGAGAAGAAGUUGAUGCCGAACAUGAGUCUUCUUCUUCUUCCUUGAUGUUUUUAGCUAGGGAAGUGGAUCAUAGAAGGACAUGGAGGCACCCUGGAACGACUGGUUUGCACAAAGUGUAAGUGUACGCCAUGCAUCAAAGCUGCUUGGAACUACAUGGGCUUUUAGGGUUUAAUCUCGGAAACAAAAGAUGUCAGACUCUUCUACAGACCUUGUUCUUCGAGAGAAACAUCUUUGUGGUAGUUUUCUAUCUAUGCCUAAUCUGCAGGGAAUCGAUGAGUCUAACCUUCUCCACCGGUGGGAAAUAACAUCAACCCAUGAAGACACACCACCGGUUGCACCGGCGCCCGGGAGAGGCUUCCGGCAGUCCCUCUCUUCCGAGAGCCAAACCUCUCAUCCUGUUCCGGCAGGCCUCGUUGCGGGAUCAAGACUGACUACUCGAGGGAUCAUCAGCUGGAAUUUCCUGGCCAACGAAGACAUGGAUCCCGAUGCCUCAUUCCCAGCACCUCUUCUACAUGUUCCCGGGGUAUCUACGAAGCCAAAGGAAGAGAUGAGGGUUCCGGCUGCUGGUGGCAAGCAUGAAGCUGUUCUUCACCGGGGAGCGACGACUGUCAACGCUCAAGCUCAAGAGCACAUCAUCGCCGAGAGAAACCGGCGGGAGAAGCUCAACCAGAAGUUCAUUGCACUAUCGGCGAUAAUCCCUGGCCUUAAAAAGGCGGACAAGGCUUCUGUUCUUGGAGAUGCAGUGCGAUACGUGAAAGAACUGGAGGCAAGGGUGAAGGCCCUGGAAGACCAGAACGUGAAGAGGACUGUGGAAUCCGUGGUCCUCGUCAAGAAGUCCCAGCCCUCUGCUGCUGAUGCUGAUGCUGAUGAUGAUGGUUCCUCCUCCGAUGAGAACUUUGAUGCACAACCAUCACAGAAGCCUUUUCCUGAGAUCGAAGCCAAGGUUUCCGGGAAGACGGUGCUGAUGAGAAUUCACUGCGAGAACCGCAAAGGGGUUAUCGUGAAGAUCCUAUCCGAGAUCGAGAGCAUCAAUCUCACCAUAAUCAAUACCAAUGUCAUGCCAUUUCUUGGCUCCUCUAUCAACGUAACAGUGACAGCACAGAUAGAAGAGGAAUUCUCAAUGACGGUGAAGGAUCUUGUGAGGAAGCUGGGAUCUGCUUUGAGUUAGCUUGUUCAUGCGUGAAGAAACUAAUGGGCUUAUUAUAUAGACAAUAUUGUAUCUCAGCAGUUUGUAAUGCUCUCCCUUUACACUAUCCCUAUCCAUGGGUGGCUUUGUAUAUAUAUAACAUGAAGAGCUUUAGGCCAUUCCUCCAAGAAUCUCCAUUACUGCUUGCUCUUUGCUGCAAAUCCUACUUCAAUCGAGUCACUCUCCUCAUCCUUUCUCCCAUUUAGCAAAAGAUGACUUUUGUAAGAUUCUUCCACGAGAACUUUGCUGUCUCUACUGGUUGUGUAUGGCAAAUGGUAGUGUUUGGUGCCUGAUUUGAUGGAAUCCAAACCUGUAGGAAUUUGUA